UAGUCCGGCCCCUUGUGAAGUGAAAGAGGCACAGCACCUACCCCACACAUGUAGUUGGAUAAGAAUGGCCGUACGCUUUCUGUCUUCUCUGCGGGGCAAAACAUCAGUCGAUAUAGGCAGAUUACCGGUGAAAUUGUACAGCGUGAGCUCAAAUGUUGGUUUCUUCAGUACUGUAGCCCAGAGAGGAAACGACUGCCAUAAUGAUGAUGGCGACGAUGAUGAUCGGAAUCACACAGUUACACACGUCAGGAAUUUGGAGAUGAAGGCUGACAAACUGGAGGAGCAGGUUCAAGAUCUUACAGAGAGGUACAAAAGAGCUGUUGCUGACUCUGACAAUGUCCGUAGAAGAACACAGAAGUUUGUCGAGGACGCCAAGCUCUUUGGGAUUCAAAGUUUUUGUCGGGACCUAGUUGAAGUAGCUGACAUGUUGGAGAAAACUACAGGGAGCACAGAGACAACCAGUCUGACUGAAAACCUGGCCCAAAUCCAGGGAAGACUACAAGAAGUUUUCACCAAACAUGGACUGGAGAAGAUGGAACCUGUGGGGUCCACGUAUGACCCUUAUCAGCAUGAGAUAGUGUGCCACACUCCAGCAGAAGGAGUGGAGCCCGGUAUUAUAGCCGUAGUCAAGCAGGACGGGUACAAACUUCAUGGGCGCACUAUUCGUCAUGCGCAUGUGGGCAUCGCUGUAAAAACCCAGGAGUCUUGAUGACCGGUGUGGUUUUUUUUAUACUACCCCGACUUGAAGCUCUUGGAACAGUGCAUGACUGAUCUAUAUAUGCGCACACUGUUCAGCCAUAAUAUUGACACCACAGACAGAUGAAGUGAAUAACAUUGAUUAUAUUAUUGCAGUGACACCUAUCAUGGGGUGAGAGUUACACAUUAGACAACAAGCGAACAGUCAGUUUUUGAAGUUAAUCUGUUGGAACUGAGAAAAAGGGCUGUGCAUAGGGAAGGAAGGCCAGGCCAGGUUUAGGUUCAAUACCACAGAUGAGCUACUACAGCACAGAUUGCUUCGAAGGUUAAUGCUGGUUAUGUCUUGUGAAGUCCAUACCCAACAAACACAGUAUUAGGCAGGUGGAUUUAAUAUUAUGGCUUAUUGGUGUUUCAGCUAAUUCAGUCCCUGAUAUGAUGGUUUAUUUGUUUCGUUUUUUGCAGUGUUAAAUACCUAUGUGUUCUUGUUUAUUGCCAUGUACAGAUUUAUGUUUUUGUCUUUAUUUAAAACAUUCUGUAAUUUUGUUUGUUUGUUUAUUUUUUCCCCCUUUUACUAUUUUUUUCUUUGAUUUUGUAAUGAGCGUUUUUGGGAAGUCAACACUGAUACAAAACUGUAUUUAUAUGUAUAAGAUGAUUCAACCACAAUGUAAUACAACUGUAUUACACUUCAUGGUACCUUAAUUUUCAGAACUAUAAUACCUCAUUGAACCUUGUGAUUGGGAGGUAUUGUGUUUGUUUGGGACCCUGUUACGUUUACAACAUAUUCUCUAGCAGUACAAUGUGCAAUCCAAAUGUCUUUGUACUGUAACUUCUGAGGUUAGCAUUCUGAAGGCAUUACAUAGAGUGAGAGGAUGGCCUGAAAAGCCUCUUUGUAAAGGUUUACUUAAUAGUGGUCACACUAUUACUGACAUACUGACAAUUUUGGGAUGUGUCAUGUUUUGUGCCUUAAUGUUAGAUCAGCAGUGCCCAAAGAGCAGACUCUAUUUAACAUAUUCUAAUAUUAUAAAAAAAUAUAUGUCAGAAAAAUAUAGCGUUAGUGCACCUUACAUUGUACAUAUAAAGUGCAUAUCACAAAAGAGAAACUUGUCACUUUCUACAGUGUUAGAUAUUUUUAUAUAUAUAAAUAAUUUAAGUUAUAGAAAGUGAAUUGUAAUAUUAUGUGUAUAUAUAUAUAUAUCUCCUCACAGCCAUGUGUCUAGUUUUUUCUUGUAGUGUGCGGACACUGAGAACUCAGAUGCCUAUAGGAAAUGUAUGUGUUUAGUUGUGUAGUAUGUGGCAUGUUCAGUACAGCAUUACUUUUGCUUUUUGUUGUUUCAUUAAAACAGCUGAAACGUUA